UUCUGAAAAAUGAUGACGUGAAACGAUGAAGUCUUGCUGUGUUGUCACCAUCUGUUUGCACGGGAACAAAGUGCUUGAAAGCAAACAUCAUGAAAUAAACAGACGUGUCAAGUGUCGUGCGCGCAAAACCGCAAGGCUACACUGCGUAAAGGCUCCAGAGCGGAAGAUAUCCUGAUAACGUUUACGAAAUUACAACAGGGGUGAGGAAUAAGGUUAUAAUUUCCUCCCUAAGGAGUUAUUGUCAACUUUCUGUCCGAUUCGUAAAGACUCUUGCGCAAUUCUGAACAUAAGUGCGCAAUAGUGGUGAGUGAGGAUGAACGUGGGCACGGCGCACAGCGAAGUGAACCCGAACACACGCGUGAUGAACAGCAGGGGGAUUUGGCUCUCCUAUGUGUUGGGCAUCGGUCUGCUACACAUCAUAUUGCUCAGCAUACCCUUCGUCAGUGUGCCUGUGGUCUGGACACUCACCAACCUCAUUCACAACAUGUGCAUGUAUAUCUUCCUCCACACGGUUAAAGGAACGCCGUUUGAGACUCCGGACCAAGGCAAGGCCCGGCUUCUGACACACUGGGAACAGAUGGACUAUGGUGUCCAGUUCACUGCCUCCCGAAAGUUUCUCACCAUCACCCCUAUUAUACUGUAUUUCCUGACCAGUUUCUAUACAAAGUAUGACAGGGUCCACUUCGUCAUCAACACCAUUUCCCUGCUCACUGUGCUUAUCCCCAAACUUCCUCAGUUCCACGGGGUCCGUCUUUUCGGGAUUAAUAAGUACUGAUGAGGCUUUGGUCUUCAACACGAGAAGAUGUGUUGACACGCAGGGCACAUCGUGACUGUGGGAAUAAAAAAAGGAGCUUUGUGGCAUGCUCUGCUGCUUUGCGGUCGAAUCGGCUGAAUAAUCUGCAAUGGUAUCAGUGUUUUUUGUUUGUAUAACAUUCAAUAGAGAGAAGCACUUUUGUUGAACCACCAGCAGAAUGCAGGAGAUUUUAGGACUGCGUUGAACCAGUGUUGUGUCAUUUGGACCUGAGUGUUUGCUUUCAGUCACUUUGGCAGAAAUGCUGCAUUGGUGCAAUGAUUCAGAUGGGUUAGAAUCAUCCAGGCUGGUUCAUCAUGUCGUCUUAACUGUUUUGGAUGCCUGAGUCAGCACGUCUCUGCAGUACGUUUGGCACUGGGGGUUUAGGAAGAGAAGAAAGCUACUGCGUUUCUAAAGAAAGUGUACAAUGCUGUUUUUAGCCCAGGUGCAAAAGACUGGCCUCAGUCCCAUAGUUGAACAAUGUCACCCGGUGCUUUUGCAAACUUUUGCAGGGGCCUUGUUUUAAAACUAUUUUUACAUUCACAACAGAGCUAGUUGAAAUUUAUAUAUAGUUAAAAAUAUUUUAAAGAGAUAUAUGCAAAUGCCAAUUGCAGUGUUCUAGGGUCAGAUUUAGAGCACCGACCCUUUAAAGCGCAGAUGGGAAUUUAAAGUUAUGUGGGUGAUUUAUAGACAGUGCAAACAUUAAAUAACACAGCAUUUAAUGAUGCUUUGAAAUAAAUGUUUGGAUAAUGUCAUCUUCUGGCAUUCCACAUUAAUGAACAUGAGUGGAGGAAAUUUUGCCUUCUACUGUGUUUCGUUCUGUUUUCUGCAUUCAUCCUUCUCUAGCAAUUGUCACAGUCAUGUCAAGCACAAAAUGGGUGUGGAUAAGCACUUUUGGGUGUUGAAUAAUAGCACAAUUACCAGUAAUUUGGCUGUAAAUGUUUAGUAAAUAAUAUUGCAUGAUUAAUUUAAAUCCUCUCUUGCUCCUACAAAUGCAUAUGGGUCAAAGACAAGGCAUCCUAUUGUGUUAUUCACUAGUAUACAGUAGUCAAUAUAGUGAAAGAAAAGAAAGCUUAUUAAAUGUCCAAAAAAUAAA